CUGAAGUACGCCAGAGGUUCAAGAGUUACUGGCCAGAUGCAAACAUGAACAACUCGUCUUACUUGAGCUCUAACAGCACAGUCUUGGGAGACGAAGAGGCCACCGUGGGGAGAGCUGUGGUGUGCAUCAUCCUGUCUGUGUGCUUUGUGGUGGGAACUCCAGGGAACCUGCUGGUCGUGUGGACCAUCAUGAGGCACGUAAGGCACCGCUCUCAUACCCUGCUGCUCAUCAUGCACCUGGCUGUUGCUGAUUUGCUGGUACUUGUGACUCUGCCUUUGUGGAUCUACUCGCUGUCUUGGUCCUGGGUUUUUGGUGAGGUUGCGUGCAAGGCCAUGGCGUAUGUCAUCUAUACCUGCAUGUAUGCUAGCGUUUUUCUGAUCACUAUUAUGAGUGUGGAGCGCUAUUUGGCUGUCAGGUACCCCUUUAAGAUGAUGCACUGGAAAAACAGCGAUGCUAUGAGGUUAAUUUUGGUUGGGGAUUGGACCCUAGCACUCCUUCUAGGACUGCCAGCUAUUUUUACCCAGUCUCUUGAGAGUAUAGACGGUGUUCAGCACUGCUUAUUCUCAGAGUUUGGUUCAGUGACUCUGGAGGUCUUUUGUACAUGUUUGGAGACAUUGAUCGGCUUUGUCAUCCCAUUUCUCACCCUGGCGGUGUGCUACGUCAAGGUGGCUUCUCAACUUCGCCAGAUGCAAAGAGUAAAUAAACAGAAAUCUGCCUUUCUCAUCAGUGCGGUGGUGGUGGCCUUUGCUGUGUGCUGGCUGCCCCAUCAUAUUAUGAAUGUCAUUAAUUUAGCACAACUGCUUGGAACAUACUCAGGAACACUGGAAGAAGUUUCAGAAGCAGUAGGGUUCAUCUCUGGAGCGCUGGCAUUCAUUAGCAGUUCAGUGAAUCCAAUGCUUUAUGCCUUUGCUGCCAGAAACUUCCAGGGUAGUCUGAGGAACUCAGGACUGGCCAGACUUUUUCAGGAAAUUGCUUCACAUGCUGUUCAAUCAAAAGGGGCUGAGCUCCAAACGGUUGACUCUUUGGAACAGGACACACUUAAAAAAGAAUCUGAGGCAGAUGCCUAAGGUGUGCUGGAUGAAUUCUGACUUGAACAGUGUUUCAAGACUUGGAUUGCAUCACAUACUGAGAACUGUCACAAUAAUUCAAUACAUGGAAUGCUGUUAUUUAAUUCUUUUUAAUUCUUUUAAGUUUGUCUUUAUUAACAUUUUUUUUCACACCUGAAUUCAAUAGAAAAUUGUGACUCAGCACUCUGAGCCAACUAAAGGAAGUUCUCAUGAGAACUGCAUGUAGUAAACAUCAUGUGUCCAGACUAGACACAAAUUGUGGUUAGGGAGAUUUUACAGUAGUUCUGCCUGGACCUUCUCACGCCUUACAAGUAAACAAAUAAAAAUAUCAAGCAUAAAAUUCAUUUGUAUGUAAUUUUCUCAUGCAUUUGAACACAUAUUUUCAUCUACUUGAGACCUAAACUAUAACGUUAUGUUCGUUGUCAUCUCUCCACACUAUUCUUUAUGUUCUUUAUGUCAGUAGCUUAAUUUAAAUUUUAAGCCCUUAGCUCUGUGUUGUCUAACAUUCUUUUCAUUUCACUAUAUACUACCUCAGCUAUACAUAGUGGAAAUGACAAUAAUAGCCUCUUUACUUGUUUAUAAUAACUUGAUAAUUAUGCAAAUUCACAGAGGAAGAAGGGCAAAUAAAGAAAUACCAAACUGUGCUCAUAUGAGUUAGGGGAAAAAUCUGAUGUCCUCAUAUGACACAAAAGAUGAAUGUGAAAGUGGACAUUAAAGUGUGUUUCAGUUUGUUGUA